CCCUCUCUCUCUCUCUCUCUCUCUCUCUCUGGCCAAGUAUGAAAACAUGUCUAGCAGCUCAGUGUGGACCCAUCUUGUAUCAGCCAAGGAGACUCCACUGUCCACAAAGCAGCAGCCUAGGGCUGUAGUCAGAAACAUUCACCACAACAGUAGAUUGAGCAAGCCAGGCACUGCCACCUUUGGACAGUUGGUGGCUCCCAUGCAUUGCAGCCGUCUCAGUGCGGCGAUGAAGUAGGAUGGCUCUCUUCACCCACUCGGAGUGCUGGGAAAGCAAAGAUGCAAACUACAGUACAUCUCACCACACCGAGAUGUUGGCCACAUAGGAACUGAAAAGUUUUCAACUCUCCGAACUUCAGAGCGACCUGAUCUUCAGGUGUGCCUAUCCAAAAACCCAACGUGCUGUACCAGGAAGAUGGAGGAGCAGUACCAGAUUGCCGCUCAGCAGGAUUUGCAGCAGGUGCUACAGACAUCCAGCUCAACACUAAAGUUGCUAAUAUCUCGGAAUGCAGCUGCUUUUCAAGAGACCCUGGAAACCCUCAUCCGACAAGCAGAGAAUUACACCAGUAUCCUUUUCUGCAACACCUACCGGAACAUGGCCUUGGAGGCUGCUGCUUCCACUCAGGAGUUUUUCACCGAUGUGGGACUCUAUUUAUUUGGUGCGGAUGUUAACCCCGAGGAAUUUGUAAACAGAUUUUUUGACAGUCUUUUCCCUCUGGUCUAUAACCAUCUCAUAAACCCUGGUGUGACUGACAGUUCUCUGCAAUACUCAGAAUGCAUCCGAACGGCCCGCCAGGAUGUUAGUCCAUUUGGCAACAUCCCCAAAAGAGUCAUGGGACAGAUGGGGAGGUCACUGCUGCCCGGUCGCACAUUCCUGCAGGCGCUUAAUCUGGGCAUUGAAGUCAUCAACACCACGGACCAUAUCCACUUCUCUAAGGAGUGCAGUAGGGCCCUCCUGAAGAUGCAGUACUGUCCUCACUGCCAGAGCCUGACGCUCAGUAAGCCCUGUAUGGGGUACUGCCUCAAUGUCAUCAGGGGCUGUCUAGCCCACAUGACAGACCUUAAUCCACACUGGCAUGCUUAUAUCCGCUCCUUGGAAGAGCUGUCGGAUGCGAUGCACGGAACCUACGACGUUGAGCACGUGCUCCUGAACUUCCACUUACUUGUUAAUGAUGCCAUGCUGCAGGCUCACCUCAAUGCGCAGAAGUUACUGGAUCAGGUGAAUAAGAUUUGCGGCCUUCCAGUGAGAACAGCGACGCAGAGCCCCCGCUGUACUUUUGAUCCAAGCAAAGAGAGGCAUGGGAUGAAGAUCUCUCCAAGGAAUGGUGAAGAGACACUUGCCAACAGAAGAAAAGAAUUCAUCAAUAGCCUUAGGCUGCACAGGUCCUUCUAUGGUGGCCUGGCUGACCAGCUUUGUGUUAAUGAAUGGGCUGCAGCUGAAGGGAGGCCCUGCUGGAAUGGGGAGGACAUAGUGAAAAGCUAUGCUCAGCGUGUGGUUGGAAAUGGCGUCAAAGCCCAGUCUGCAAAUCCUGAAGUCAGAGUCAGAGGAACUGAUCCUGUGGUAAAUCAGAUAAUUGACAAACUGAAGCAUGUGAUCCAGCUGUUACAGGGCAGAUCACCCAAACCCAACAAGUGGGAGCUUCUUCAUCCGGGCAGUGGUGGCGGCAUGCUUGAGCAAUCUAGUGGAGAUUGUGAUGACGAAGACGGUUGUGGGGGAUCAGGAAGCGGAGAAGUCAAGAGGACCCUAAAGAUCACAAACUGGAUGCCAGACAGCAUGAACUUCAGUGACGUCAAACAAGUUCAUGGAGCAGACCGUGGAAGUACUCUGGAUACAACUGGUGCGGGAUGCGGGUCAGGAACUGAGUCUAUGACGCUCCUGCUGAUGGGGACGCUGAUGUUUCUUCCCUGGCUUUGGUAAUGGAGCUCUUCUUCAAGACAUACCCUACUGCAGACUUGACUUAUCCCCUAUCUCUUUAUGCCUGGAAAAGAAGAACUCUUAAAAUACCGAUGGAAAUUACAGGAAAGUAUGCGAUAGUAACUUCUUAGAAGCCAAUGGAAUGUCCACAGCAUUCCUAUCAAUCAAGACUCUGAUAGUCUGUUUCAAACUCUGUCUUCUUGGCAUCUAACUUAAAACUUCUUAAAUUCUAACACUCAAUCUAAACUGUGAAAACUCAGAAGUGACUUUUAAUAAGAAGGCUUCGGUGUAUCUGUAAUUCUGCUCUGCUCAAUCAAACCCUUUCCUUUCAGUGUUGUGAAUGCUGGCAUUUGAGGGUGUGUUUGCCAAGCACGGGAUACGAUAAGUAGUAUUUCUUAAAGUACUGGGAAUAAAAAUAACAUUAAGUCAAAGCACACAAAGGCAAGUAUUAUGCAUGCAUUCUGGGAGAUUCUUUCAUUUUUGCGAGUUAAAUCAAGAAGUUGCUACAAGUCUGUGAGCUAUACAGUAGAUUAGCAGGGCGAUUUCACAUAAAUUCACUGAAGGAGCUUGGUAAUGUGUUCUCCCACGAAACCUCCUCUACUGAGCUUAGUGACUUAGAGAUGCCCCUGUGAUGUCCCUUUAACAUUUGAAAUGCACUGUCGUAUCAUGGCUCUGUUCCUCUUUUGUCUUUUCCUAAAACAUCUAGCUAUGUCAGAAAAGCACACUUAUCUACUCCAAUAAAGGUGUUGAUUAUCUGAUGAAAAA